AUGAUCGUCUUCGCCCUCGGGCUGGGGAGCUGCCUCUUACUGGUUCACCUUUUCACCACAUAUCUUCGCCUGUCGAGCAUCCCCGGUCCCUUCGCUGCCAAGUUCACGGACUUUUGGAGAUUUCGGUCUCAAAAUGCCAAAGGCCAUACUCAGAGGCUUCUGGCAUUGCAUCAAAAGCACGGCAAGCUCGUACGCAUCGGACCCAACCAUGUUAGCAUCAGCGACCCAGCCGCAGUACCCAUUGUCUACAGCACAAACCCAACCUGGCACAAGGGACCAUCCUACUACGGCGCCAUCCCCGUCAGCAAGAACCGCGCUGUCCCAAGCAUCAUUGGUAUGGGGGAGGCGCAGCACACGGCGGUGCGUAAGUCGGUCGGCCGAGCCUUCACCACGAAUUCUCUUCUCGACUAUGAAGACUCAAUCGAGGCGACUGGACAAGACCUCAUCAAGGUUCUAUCCCGACUUCAGGAAACCGACAUUGGCGAGUGGCUGCAGUUCUUUGCCAUGGACAUGUUGAUCCGGAUUGCUUUCAGCGAUUCCCUUGAGCUGCUGGCUAGUGGUAACGAUAUUGACGGCACACUCGCAGCUGUCAUGGGUCGCUUCGAUCAUUGGGGUCACUGGGGUGCCGUCCCAAGUGCUGACUACCUCUUCAACAAAAGUCGACUUGCUACCAUGCUGAAGGGAGUAGGCGACAGUCCGCUAGCCAGAGUUGCAAACCGCAUGCUCGAGGCUCGCAAGAGAGACACCAACAAGCUUUCUUACAAGGACCUCUGUGCCAAGUUCCUCGAGGGCCAGGCCAAGUACCCCCAGCUGGUCCAGCACGACGAGAUCCUGGGGAUCAUCAUGUCAACUAUCGGAGCCGGCGCUGAUACUACCGCUGGUACCCUUACAUACACUUUGUACUUUCUCUCCAAGCAUCCUGACGUGCGAGAGAAGCUUGUGCAAGAGAUCGAUGAGAACCUCAACGCCGGCAUGCUGUCUCGAAUGCCGAAGUGGGCAGAGGUCAACAGGAUGCCAUACCUCGAUGCAGUGCUCAAAGAGUCUAUGAGACUUCUUCCCAUUGCGUCUUGGGGACUCGAUCGUGUGGUGCCACCAGCUGGAGCCACAAUCGCUGGCGAGUUCAUUCCCGGAGGAACCAUCGUUGGAUGCCAGAUCGAUGCCGUGCAUCAGGACCAGCAUGUCUAUGGCAAGGACUCGGCCACCUUCAGGCCAGAACGAUGGUUAGAAACGGGAGAAGAUCAACGCCGACAGAUGGAUCGGGCGUUUCUCGCAUUCAGUGCUGGCAAGAGGACAUGCACUGGUGUUCAUAUUGCGUGGCUGGAAAUGAAGAAGACGUUGCCACUGUUGUUGAUGAAUUUCGAGGUGAGUACCCAACCAAACACGAUACUUUCAGUGGUCAAGACUAACUUAGGUUCAAGAUGGACCUUGUCAAUCCUUCCCAGGAUGUGA